GUCCAAGUAUUUCACCUUGUUGAACACUGCACACCUACCUCUCUCCGCGCUUUGGGCACUGCUAUCGCCUAUACAUAGAAGUCUCGCAGGCACAAUCCAAAAUGCCGACCCCCGAAUCCGCCUCCUUCAAAGCCCAAAAGCCCACCGUACCGCCGACCUUCGACGGAGUCGACUAUGACGACAACAAAGCCUUGAAGGCCGCACAGGACGCCAUUAUCCGCGAGCAAUGGGUACAGAGCAUGAUGGCACGACUGAUCAGUGAGGAGAUGGGCAAGUGCUACUACCGCGAGGGCGUCAACCACCUGGAGAAGUGCGCGCAUCUAAGAGAGCGAUACCUCGAGCAAUUGAAGCACGCGAAGAUCCGGGGUUUCUUGGGACAACAGCAAAAUUACAUCUCAAAGGAGGACGCUUGA